AUGAUUCCACUUCCGACCGUCCCGACGACUUCUCCGACAUCAGCAAAUACUCAAAUGACUCCAGCUAUUCCAACUAUAGCAUCAUCGUCUCCGCUGACGAAUUCGAGCACAUUGGCGAGUGCCUGGAGACUCGGACUCAGUUCGUCCGCUCCCAAAUUCCUUCUGCCGACUACCCAAGGACUCCUGAUGAAAAUGAUGAACAAACUGUGA